AUGCUUGAUAUGGAAGAAAUGGGCCGGAAAUCAACCACAAAUAAUCAUUUGAUACCGAUUGUUCAGACGCCAGACUCAAAUUUUGAAUUUGACAAUCGGAAUCCCUGCUUAUACAACAAGUACGAUGCGGUCGUCUCAGUCGAAAAUUACAAAGCUGAGUUCGCAGAAAUACUCGAUUUUUAUCCGAACAUCACGAGGCCUGACGAUUUUGGCGAACUGAACCACUCCGUCAACGGCGGAGUUUCAGGUUCGAUGAAAAAACUGCAAGAAAAAGUCCACGAAGUGAUGGACUCAAUGCCCUUGGAAACGAGAGAAAGGUUAAAAGCGUAUUUUGGUAGAGACAUGACGCUUUUUGGGUACCAUUGGAAUACGACGACGAAUGAUAUUGGCUUCAAAUACAAAGGAUGA